AUGACGGGCGGCAUGACGAGCGGCGCGGCUACAACGACUCUUGGUGCGGUGGUCGCGAGCAGCGAUGGCACGCUGAGCCACAAUUGCCCGCUGGGCGAUGGCACGAUGAGCCAUGGCGAGGCGAGCAACGGCCGCAUCAUGACGGGCGGCAUGAUGAGCGGCGCGGCUACGACGAUCGGGGCAGAGGCGAGCGCGAGCGCGACUGGCACGAUCGGCGCGAUGAUCGGUACCACGAUCCCAGGCGCGACCAUGACCGGCGCGACCGCCGCGGCGAGGGGCAGCCUCGGCACAGCGAUCGCCGGGAGCGACCGCCGAUGCACGGAGCACAAGGACGCGACGCACGAGUGUGCAAUGAUCGCCCCUUCUCGAGCCGCUGCGCUGACACUGAUCAGGUCGACCCUCGGAAGCUGA